AUGACAGAAAUUGAAUUGGAAAGUCAUGAGGAGACUCCUCAAGGAAAAUCAUCUCCAGACAACUCCAAGAAACCAAAGGAGACUAGAGAUGAACGUUUAGAGAGAAAGAGAAAUAAACGUAAAGAUGUUCCAGGUUUCGGUGGAAAAAAGAGUCCAGAGGAGCAUGCCAAUCCAAUCUCAAGAUUAACAUGGGAUUGGGCAAAUAAAUUUGUAUGGUUUUGUUUUAGAAAUGUAUUGGAACAUAAACAUAUUUGGAAUUUAGCUAGUUUCGAUAGUGCAGAAUAUUUAACAAAGAAGAUCUCUGUCGAAUGGGAGAAAGAAAAAGUAAAACCAAAACCAUCAUAUACAAGCGCAGCAGUCAGAGCAUUUGGAUUAUAUUUCGCAGUGAGUUGGAUUUAUUAUGCAAUUUAUUGUGCUUCACAGUUUGUAGGACCAGAGCUUUUGAAAAAGAUGGUUAAAUAUGUUGCUCAAAGCAGAAUUCCAGAUUCCGGUGUCGAUCUAAAUAUGGGUUACUACUACGCCGUAGCACUCUUUGGAUCAUCUAUGAUUGGUUCUUUUUGUUUAUACCAAUCCAAUAUGAUAUCUGCAAGAGUUGGUGAUUAUAUGAGAUCAAUUAUUGUAUGUGAUGUCUAUCGUAAAUCAUUAAAGCUGAGUAAUGCAGCAAAGAGUAAAACAUCGGCAGGUGAAAUUGUCAAUCUUAUGAGUAACGAUGCUCAACGUAUGAUUGAAGUGUUCUUGUUGGUGAACAACGGUGUGUUUGCACCAUUCCAAAUCGUUGUUUGUAUUGUAUUGUUGUACCUAGCCAUUGGAUGGCCAACAUUUGUCGGUCUCGGAUUCAUGUUGAUCAUGGUGCCACUCAAUGGUAUGGCCGCGAAAAAGUUGAUUGCUAUCAGACGUGCUAUGAUUAGAUUCACCGAUGUCCGUGUGAAAACCACCAAUGAAAUCUUGCAGGCGAUCAAAGUCAUCAAGCUCUACGCCUGGGAAGACAGUUUCGCCAAGCGUAUCAUUGAGAAGCGUGCUGAUGAAGUCGUACAGCUCUUCCAAUUCACCUAUGUCAGAGCGGGACUUAUCUUCUUGGUUGCUUCGGUACCGACCAUCGUAUCGGUCCUCGUAUUCUCAACCUACUAUGCUGCGCUCGAUGAAUUUAAUGCAGCCGAUAUUUUCGCUGCCAUCGCCUAUUUGAAUAUUCUGAGAAUGCCACUUGGAUUCCUUCCGAUUAUCAUUGCUAUGAUUGCACAGUUGAAUGUCGCCGCACAAAGAGUCACUGAUUUCUUGAUGUUGUCAGAGAUGGACCCAAUUCCAGAGCCUGCCGAUCCAAACAAACCAAACGGUAUCUACAUUAGCAAUGCAACAUUCACUUGGAACGAAACCAAAGACGGUAGUUUCGAGUUGAAGGAUAUCGACUUGAGCGCAACCGGAAAGAAACUCACUAUGGUCGUUGGAAACGUCGGUAGUGGAAAGUCUUCGAUUUGCCAAGCGAUGCUUGGUGAUAUGACAUGUACCAGCGGUUCGAUUGAAUCGCGUGGAAAGAUUGCAUAUGUUUCGCAACAGGCUUGGAUUAUCAAUGCGUCGUUGCGUGAGAACAUUCUCUUUGGUUUGCCAAUGGACGAAGAGAAAUACCACAACGUAAUUCACGUCUGUGCGUUGGAGCGUGAUAUUGAGUUGUUCCCACAGGGUGAUCUCGUUGAGAUUGGUGAGCGUGGUGUCAAUCUUUCCGGUGGACAGAAACAGCGUGUUUCCAUUGCACGUGCAGUCUACUCUGACUCGGACAUCUAUAUUCUCGACGAUCCAUUGUCGGCCGUCGAUGCUCACGUUGGAAAGCAUUUGUUCCACAAGUGUUUCAACGGUGCACUCAAAGGAAAGACUGUCAUUCUCGCAGCCAAUCAACUUCAAUACCUGCCAUAUGCAAAUGAAGUGAUUGUCAUGAAUGCCGGUCUCAUUAGCGAGCGUGGUACCUACCACGAGAUUCUCAAAACCAAGGGAGAGUUCUCAAAGCAACUAGAGGACUACGGUAUCGAGGAGAUGGACGAAGAGGAUUCCGACGAGGAAGUUGUCAUCGAAGAGAAAACAAAGAAGGAGAAGAUCGUUCUUCAAAACAAAGACGGUACAUUGAUUCAACAGGAGGAGCGUGAAGAAGGUUCCGUUUCACUUGCAAUCUACUUGAAAUACUUUACAGCCGGUGGAGGAUUCCACUUUGCUUGUGCAUUAAUUUUGUUCAUGUUGGAUAUCACCGCGUCGACCGUUAGCAAUUGGUGGUUGUCUCAUUGGUCCAACGAAACAAUUAAUCUCACCAGCAAAGACGCCAAAUCAUCGGAGGGUUUGACCAGUCGUCAAUAUCUCUAUAUCUACAUCGGUAUUGGUAUUCUCGCUAUUAUAUUCUCAGGUUUCCGUAACUUUGUUUAUUUCAGCUACACUGUCAAAGCCGGUGAGACUCUACACAACCAAUUGUUCUCUGCUUUGUUGCGUGCUCCAAUGUGGUUCUUUGAUACCACUCCACUCGGUCGUAUUAUCAAUCGUUUCACUAGAGAUUUGGACGGUGUCGACAAUCUUAUUGCCGCUGCACUCUCACAUCGUUCGCCAAUUUUCGCACAUUUCUCCGAGACACUGGUUGGUGUAUCUACCUUGCGUGCCUACCGUACUCAAGAGCGUAACAUUCGCACCAACAUGCAACGUCUCGACGCCAACAACCAAGCAUUCCUUACACUCCAAGCCAUGAAUCAAUGGUUAGGUUUACGUUUGGAUCUCUUGGGUAAUUUGGUUAUUUUCUUCACCGCCAUCUUUAUCACUAUCGAUCGUGAAACCAUUGAGUUUGCCAGUGUCGGUCUUGCCAUGUCCUAUUCACUCUCGUUGACAGCCAAUCUCAAUCGUGCAACUCUCCAGGCUGCAGAUACUGAAACCAAGAUGAAUUCAGUCGAGCGUAUUGUCCAUUACAUCAAAGGACCGGUUGAAGCACUCCAAAUCGUUGAGGGUUCACGUCCACCUGCCAACUGGCCACAAGAAGGUGGCAUCACUUUCGACAAUCUCGUCAUGAGAUACCGUGAGGGAUUGGAUCCAGUGUUGAAGGGAAUCUCCUGUGAGAUCAAACCAAAGGAGAAGAUUGGUAUUGUCGGUCGUACCGGUGCCGGUAAAUCAUCGAUCGUUCUUGCUCUGUUCCGUUUGAUCGAAGCAUCGGAAGGUCGUAUCUUGAUCGACGGACAAGAUAUCUCCAAGUACGGUCUCAAGGAUCUCCGUCGUAAUCUCUCUAUUAUCCCACAGGAUCCAGUUCUAUUCUCUGGAACUUUGCGUUACAAUCUCGAUCCUUUCGACGAAUCGAAUGACGACGAGCUCUGGGAGUUACUCGAGAACAUCCAGCUUAACACCGUCGUCAAGGAGUUGGAGGGUGGACUGCUCUGCAAGGUGACAGAGAACGGUGACAAUUGGUCGGUUGGUCAACGUCAGUUGAUCUGUCUCGGUAGAGCACUCCUGCGUAAACCAAAGAUUUUGGUGUUGGACGAAGCAACUGCCAGUGUCGAUUCCUACACCGAUGCACUCAUCCAACAGACCGUCCGUACUAAAUUCUCAAAUUGUACUAUUCUCACUAUUGCACAUCGUCUCAAUACCAUUAUGGACAGUGAUCGUAUCAUGGUUUUGGAUGCCGGUCGUAUCAGUGAAUUCGACUCGCCACACGUAUUGCUCCAGAAUCCAAAUGGUUUGCUCACUUGGCUCGUUGAUGAGACCGGUCCACAAAACUCAGUCGUUCUCCGUAAGAUGGCCAAAGAAAGCUCCUACGGUGUUUCUCUACCAGAGGAAUUGACCGAGAGCAAGAAGAAACCAAACUCACAUUCACAAAAAGGACAAGCAAUUCCAAAGGUAAUCGAAACUCCAAUCAUCGAGACACCAAGUGUACAACCAGAAGCACCAGGACCAGUACAACCAGGACCAACCUCAAAUACUGUUGUAGGUGAUGAAGAAGAACAACCAACAUCUGAUAACAAUAAUAAUAAUAAUAAUAAUAAUAAUAAUAAUGUUGAUGACUCAAGUUCCUCUUCAGAUUCAACCAGUGACAGUGAGAGCAGUGAUGAAGAAUCAACUACCGGUACUACAAAUACUACUACUGCCACAACAUCAGAGACAACAACACCAAGCCAAACAGAUUAA